AUGAAAGGACUUGUCUUGGCAUGGAUCAUCUACUGCCACGUCGUAGCUCUUCUGCUCUUCUCCCACGGAUUCCUGCUUACUCGGAUCGUGGUUGAUGAUGUCUCUGCUCCUCUCGACAUCGAAGCAACGUUCAACAGAACUGUCAUACUCAUUAUCGAUGCUCUAAGGUAUGACUUUACUGCUCCACAGCCCGGCUCGAACGCUUCAUACCACAACAAUUUGGUGAUUCUGCACGAAACGGCGAUGCAAUACCCUAAGCAAGCGUUCCUCCUGCCAUUCAUUGCAGACCCGCCCACAACAACCUUGCAGCGGCUCAAGGGACUGACGACCGGGUCUCUUCCUACGUUCAUUGACGCCGGAUCAAAUUUUGCAGGCACAGAAAUCCUCGAGGACAACUUACUCCUGCAGCUUCGCAAGGCCGGCAAGAAGCUUGCCUUUGUUGGAGAUGACACCUGGUCAGCUCUCUUUCCUACCUCAUUCGAGCCGUCACUCAAUAAGCCCUUUCCCUCACUCAACGUAUGGGAUCUCGACACUGUGGAUGACGGCGUUUAUGAACAUCUCUUUGCAUAUUUGCAGCAGCCCGAUGAUUGGGAUGUGGCUAUUGCACACUGUCUCGGCGUCGACCAUGUUGGGCAUCGCUACGGCCCAGAUCACCCAGAGAUGAUUCGCAAGCAGCGGCAGAUGAAUAGUUGGAUUCAGCAACUCAUGGACACAGUCGACGACGAGACACUCAUUAUUGUCAUGGGAGAUCACGGCAUGAAUCCUCUUGGCGAUCAUGGCGGUGAUUCUCAGCUGGAGCUCGAAGCUGCUUUGUGGAUGUAUAGUCGCAAGGGAGUCUUUGGCCGACCGGCUCGCCACCAACCCUGGACAGCUCAGAUUGACUUGGUUCCUACACUGAGUAUACUCUGGGGCUUGCCAACACCUUUCAGCAAUCUGGGCUCGCCGAUCCCAGAGGCAUUCUCAAAUGCUGCCGUGUCGAGUGCUGAAGCACAGGCAUUGACUACCAAGCAAAUACAACGGUAUGUGGCGGCAUACAAUAAGCAGCCCUUUGAGGAAGAAGAAGUAGAUCCUCCUGAUGAUGCUGCGUAUCAUCAGGAAACGCUCGAAGACUUUCGUCGUCAAUGGGCUCAGUAUGAUAUGCCUAGUAUCGUUUCUGGCUUAUUACUGCUAGCUCUUGCAGUCUUCACAACAGCUAAUGCUCAGCCAGACCAAUCUGCCAAGCCGAUCAUUGUGACAGCCCUCGUAGGCGCAGGUCUAGGCCUCGGCCUGUCUCGCUUCAUGCCAAUGAGCAUUCUUCACAGUGUUCUCUUCACAUCUGUCUUGCUCGGCUCUAUUGGUCAGCUCCACUCGCAUUCCCAACGCCAGUUCGACCUAUUUCCGUGCAUCUUGCUUAUUUUGCAUCUUGUCGCUUUUGCAUCCAACUCCUUUACAAUAUUUGAAGACCGCAUCGUUCUACUGCUUCUCGUCACUUCAGGCGGACGACUCCUUCACAAAUCACUCAGUCUGGAGAACAAAGCUUCGCGCUUUCUGGCAGUUUCAGAGUGCAUCGUCUUUAUGAUCUUGUCACGCGCAGCUGCGUCAAUCAGACUUUGUCGCGAAGAGCAAGGCGACAAGUGCCUUUCCACGUUCUAUGCAGCCAAUCUGGCUACACCAGCAAGAUCCUCAUUGUGGUUGCUGAUGUUUGCAGCAGUCGCUUUGCCAUGGAUUAUACGCAAAGCGCUGACAGAAACACAAUCUUGGUCUGGCGCCUCUUUUUGGCUCAUGGGUGUCAUGCUUCCAAUACAACUGCUAUCUGGCCUCGCUUACUGGGUUUUGAACGAAUUAGACUUUGACAACGGAGUCAAGGUCAGCCUAGGGAGAGAGAUUAUUGGCCUGACAAUUGUUGGAAUCGUUGCCUGGUACUUUGCUCCACCAAGUGUUGAGCUGUCGGCUGUGCAGCGUGGAGAUAGCGCGGCUCUCGUUGCUCUCGGACUAAACAAUGCUAUGGGCUCGUCUUAUCUGCAGCUUUGUUGCAUACUUCUUGGUCUGUUUGCAUUCCUUGCAAAACCACUUGGCGGCGUUACCCUGUGCAUCUUGAUAUGGCAGCUCUUAUUACUGGCUGAUGUGCUUGGUCGAUGCCAAAUUGCUUCUUCCUCUAUGCUCGCAGCUGUCGUCCUGGCGCAGCUUGGGCAUCUGCACUUUUUCACAAGUGGACACCAGAUGGCUUUGCCCUUCAUCCAGUGGGACAUCGCUUUUCUUGCUUCUGCCUCGCCAACUUGGUACUCGCCUGUUCUUGUUGUGACCAAUGCAUUCAGUGCGCCCAUACUUGUUGCCCUUUGUGCACCCUUGUUGGCUUUCUGGAAGCGGCGGCCGAGCACGGAGCACGCCAUGGAUCAAGUCUUCGGCCUGGUUGUCAUGCUCAUGACGAUCAAUGUCGCAUUGGCUUUGUCAACGGCUGUGUUUGCGACGCACUUCCGCCGUCAUCUGAUGGUAUGGAAGAUUUUUGCACCACGCUUUAUGUGUGCUGCCCAGAUUCUUGUGCUGACGGAUAUUGGACUUGUCAUUGCGCUUAUUGCGUCCGGUAAGGUCACGAGUCGAGUGGUAGCACUGCAACAAGUCCUUCGAAAGAUUUCAGGCUGA